CUCUUUUAAUUACGUAAUACUGAAAACAAUUUAUGUAUACAUUUACAAUUUAAUUUUUUUUAUUAGGUUGUAAUUUAUUUGAAAAAAUACUGACGAAAUAUUUAGUAAAAAAUACUGGCAUUGUCCUGCUUGAUUUAGACCCUCUUUUGACUCGCGCGUGUUUGUAUGUAAACUGUAAGGAGUGGAUGUCUCGAAGGUAAAGGACUAUAUAGAAUGAUACAAAAUAUGAUGGUCCCCAUUCUUAUCUUCACCUUUUUGACAGUGGUCAGUGGACUUUUACAUACAUCACAUGAUGGAACAUUACAGUGCCAAUGUACGUGUACGCCUGUUGGAAAUCCUAACAAAAACAUUUAUACAAGUGGUAAUCUUAAUAUCAUUGAUAAAAAGACCAGCACUAACAAUGAGCAAUUGGAAGAGAUUAUUACAAUGGAUAAAGAGGAAACAAAACCACAGAUUGCUCCUGUCAAAUUGCCUGAUGAUAAACCUAUCACACAAUAUAAUGAUAUAGCAGUUUCUAAAAUCAAACAUUCUCUUGGUUUAGGAGUACAUAGACCGAUCUAUGAAACUAUUAAACCUAAAGAAGUAGUAAAACCAGAAAUCAAAUGGUCACAUACUGCUAGUUCAAGCUCAAGCUCCGUAACCAAGGAUGCAGUCAAAGAUGUAACAAGUAGUUUAAUGAAACAUAAGGAUAUACCCACAAGCGAGGUACUUGUGAACAAACCUACAAUAGAAAAAAUAUCAAAUACCCAAGACGGCCAGAAAACUGUUAUUGAUCAAGUAAAAUCAACAACUGACAAAGUUUUGUCUCGUGCCAACAGUAAUCAAAAUACAGCAGUAAAUCAGAACAUACAACAAAGAUUUAUUUCAUCAAGUCAGGAUGCAGACAAAGUUGCUGCAGAUAUAGGUUUUGUCAUGGAUGGAUCUUCACUUAAUCCAAUACUAAGUGGUGGUUUGUCUGGUGGAAUGGGAUAUUCAUCUGGAACUGGAUAUAUCGUUGAGACUAUAAACAAGAACAGCCCGGAAAAUCAAGCAGCAGGAAAGUUUGUCCAGCGAAACUCAAAUGUACAAAAUGGACAAGUUGUAUCAGGAGUUUUGAAUCCUUCAAAUUCAAAACCGGAUAAAGUAAAUACUGUUGGCGGGAUUGUGAAAACCACUUCUCAUUCAACCGCUGAAAAAGCUGAGAUUGCAACAAAUGAACAAAGAAAAACGAACGAUCAAACCAAGUUUAAAAGCAGGCGGCAAAUUAAUAAUGAUAAUAAAACACUUCCACCUAUCCAGGCUAAAAAGCCACAAAUUGACAAUAAUAAUAAUAAUCAAAAACUACCAACUAUCCAGGGUAAAAAGCCACAAAUGAACAAUAACAAUAACAAUCAAGAACUACCAAAUAACCAGAGUCAACAGCCACUAAUUAGUAAUAAUAGUAAUAAUAAUAAGAAUCAACAAAUACCAAAUAACCAGUUUAAACAUAAGUCAACUAACGUAUGGAAUACCCUUAACAACAAUGUUAAAAAUAACAACAAACAGCCAGUGGUGAAUAAUGAACAGAUCAGUAAAACAAGAUGGCCAAAUAACAACCAACAAACAGAUGGAAAUAGGUGGAGCAGACAACAAAUGAAACCGUUCCAGAUUCAGCGGGAUCUCAAACAUGGAGUUCUGAGUAAUAACAAUAACCAGUGGGGUAAUAGUAACAAUUGGGGCACUACUCAAGAUCCAUUCGGUACGAUGAAUAUGGAUCCAUUACUGUUUCUUGGUCAACAUCAAUUUAAAUGAAAUAUCGAUUCGACGACAAUCAUUGUAGCUUUAUGUACAUUAAUAAUAAAAUUAAUUUGUGAAGUUA